UGCCGCCAGGACUGCCGUCAGUAGUGCAUUAGCAUAAUUAGCAGUGUGUGUGCGCAUGUGCGCGUGUGUGCGUGCCAGCGGAAAUUAACAUCUUGCGCAGUGUCAUCAUCGCUCCGGCUUUUCGUGUUGUGGUUGUGAUGGCGCCGAGUCGGGAAAGGCUGACCGUGGUGGUGGCGUGCUUGUGCAUCGCCGUCGAGUGCGCCUACGCCAAGGUGCAGGCUGAGGACUCGGACUCCGUCGAGGACUCUGACAGCGAGGAAAGCAUGGGCAACAGGAUCCGGGACACGUUCAGGAGCUUGGCGGGAGGCCUGGACGAGGAAGGGCUGCCCCCCAUGGACCCCGUGGUCAUGAGGGACUUGGCCUUCUGCCGGGGCUACGGCGCGGUGCGCGCCAACAUCGAGUUCCCCUUCUCCACCCUGGCGGGCGUCAGCGACGUGGACGCGGUCAGCAACAUCAGGUGCACGCCAGGUGCGUCGCUGCUCGAGUUCCACACGCACCACGACCGGCUGGUGCAGGACGGCCAGUACAACCUGACGGGGAGCUUCGCGGACGUGUUCGCGGUGGGCAAGGGCGGCGCGCACAUCGUGCUCAGAGACGUGACCAUUGCGCACCGGCUGCAGUGGCGGCGCGCGCGCGGCGAGCUGCGGGUCAAGGAAUACCGAGGCUCGGUGGCACCGCGAGACAUGACCGUGCGGUACGACAACCUGCGCGCCGAGAGCCGGGACGUGCUGCUGGACGAGUGCCGGCGGCAGUACCAUGAUGGUGGGUCGGCGGGCGCCAGGCACCGGCCCCACCGCAGGCCUCACCGCGCGCCCCGCCACAGGUUCAAGCCCCGACGGAAAAGGAAAAGCAGGCGUCGAAGGGGCGGCAGUCACGUGGACGUCAACAAGUACUUCAACGCCAACUGGGAGGCUCUCUACGACUCGCUGUCGCAGAGUGUGGACAUCUCCUUCUCGCUCGUGUUCCGGGAGUACAUGGAGGUGGUGCUGCGCGCUGUGGAGCCCUUCCUGCGCCACUGCGAGGGCCGAGACCUCGACGACGACCUGGACGACAACCGCGAGGACCGCGACGACGAGCGUGGUGACGAGGAAUUCGAGUACUAGGACGACCGCACCAUCCGAGGGGUUAACGACUUGUAAAUUUCGUAACAGCCGGAUUACGGAUAACUCGGAUUACCCGUGCACUGCCUCCGGUUUACCUCAGGAUUAAAUCAAAAAGUUUCCAGGAUUACCCUUAGAUUACGCCGAAUUACCUCGAACUUCGGGGGAUCCGGAUUACCCAAGUCGUUACCCCCUCGGCACCAUCCAUCUAUCUACACGACCACACCACCCACCAUUACUAUUUAAGCUAUUUAUUGUCACAUUACAUAGACUGACCCUCUAGUGUUCAACUUAUUUAUUGUAAUUUUAGUUGUUGUUGAUCCGAACGGAUUCGAUUCAAACUAGUCGCGCUUUGCUUUGACGUUUGUAACUGGCUGUUUGCCAAGAGGAACCAAAGAGCCUUG